AUGCGCCUCGGUCGGCCCGUGGGUCUGGCUCUUGCUGGCAAUGGUAUCGUCCGGUCGUAUCGCUGCCCAGCGCAUCGGACGGUCUGCCGCCAUGCUUUGCACACUUGCUCGCCCUCGCGCCCUCGCGUCGCGGCCGCACCACUACCAAUCGCGCCCCGAAGGAGCGCCAAAACCCAGACGACCAUGACAGUGAAAGACCUUCCUCAGGGUGCUCUGAAAUUGGAGGCAUACAGCGAUGAGGUGGAGGACGAUUCUCCUCGAUACCCGACCGUCGUUCGACAACACCGCAACAACAUGCAAAGGUUCAGGAACUGUGUUAUCCUCACAAGAGUCGGGGGCUUUUACGAGCUAUAUUUCGAACAAGCUGAGGAACUUGCGCCGUUGCUCAACAUCAAACUUGCGGUUAAGAAGACCAACGCUGGACCGGUUCCUAUGGCCGGCUUCCCCCAUUUCCAACUGGAUCGCUUUCUUAAGUCCCUUGUCCAAGACCUCAACAAGUACGUGGCGAUCAGUGAGGAAUUUGCCAAUGAGGUAGAGGAUAAAGCACGAUCAGGUGGCCUGCUCUUCGACCGGAAGGUGGUCAGAAUCAUCACGCCCGGGACAUUGAUUGACGAGAAAUUCAUGGAUCCUUCCGAAAACAACUUUCUGCUGGCCAUAUACUUGGAUGUACCAUCUCUGGACGCACGCUUGAAGCAGCAGGAUCAUCCCCAACACUCGCAUCAGCACGUACUAUCCUCCAUGCCUCAGCGCGUAGGGCUGUCUUGGUUGGACCUCUCAACGGGCGACUUCUUUACCCAGCUCACCACGGCCCAGAUGCUCCCAUCUGCGAUUGCGAGGAUAGGUGCUCGAGAAAUUCUCGUGGAUCAGAACGUGCGCGAUCUCGUCGGCCAGGAGCUGCAGCUGCUGGUUGGCCAUGAUCAUCGACUUGUGACUUUCUUCGGGUUUCCAGACACGGUUGCGCCGAUGUCUGAAUGGAAGCCAAUGUUGGAAGCCCCGGUCCCGGAAGACGUUCAGGCGUCCUUUGCUGCAGAAGAAGUGGCCGCCGGCUACAGUCUACUGGAGUACAUUCGCGAGCGAUUGCAAAGUUCGAGCUUGAAACUUCAACCUCCUCGUCGCCGGCAUUUGGAUGAGUCAAUGAGUAUCGAUCGGAAUAGCUUGCGAGGGCUGGAAAUUCUGGAAACAGCGCGUGACGGCCUUGGGAAGGGCAGCCUUCUCCAUGCGGUACGCAGAACUUCGACAAAGAGCGGAGCCCGUCUACUCCGAGACCGACUCAGUAUGGAAUUACUUCACCCAGACUUUUUAUCUAUCAUCACUAACAACUAUCGUGCAGCGUCUCCAUCUACAUCUCUGCAGAUUAUCAACGAGCGACUCGAUCUUGUUUCCGUAUUUGUUAAAGACGAGGACCUCCGGGAAAAUACGGUCCGGCUGUUGAAACGCAGCUAUGACGCCCAGCGCUUGGUGCAGAAAUUUGCGCUCGGUAAAGGUGAAGCCGACGACUUGGUCUGUCUCUCCCGCGCCAUCGAGGCGUCCAAGGAGGUCAGACAACUCCUCUCUAGUCAUUACCAGCGCCACUCCUCUGCUCAAGCGCUUGAUGCCCACCAUAGCCUCGAACUCAUGAUCGGUCGACUUCAGCUCGACGGACCGACUGCGCUGGCAGAACAGAUCCUUGCGGCCAUUGAUGAAGAAGGGCUUCUGCAGAAGCAACGCAUUGAAGACGACACCGCCUCAGAGGCAGCGAGUCUGGCGCAAGAUGUUGCUAUGAGCGAGGGCACAUCUGACGAGCUUGGGAGCUUGCCUAAAAAAGUGAGGUCCAAAACCAAUACCCAAACUGCAGCGACAGAUGCAGGUUCCGGGUCUAUCGAUACGUGGAUCAUGAGGCGCGAUGCCAGCAAAAACCUGAACUCCCUUCAUAGAUCAUUAGAGCGGCUCUUCACUGAGAAAGACGAGCUGACUCAACGUCUCCGUGAUUCCGUGAGCUCAUCGCAGUUGAAUCUCAAAUGGACAGCAGGUCUCGGGUAUAUCUGCCACCUCAAAAGUGCCAAAAUAUCGCAGAAAAAACUGGAAGGAUUGGGGGUUACACGAAACGUCUCGUCAACAAAGUCGACUCGGUCAUUCUACCUCCCAGAUUGGACCACCCUGGGAACCCAGAUGGACCAUGUCAAGCUUCAGAUUCGGAAAGAAGAACAGACCAUCUUCGAGGCCUUGCGGAAGAAAGUUAUUAUGAAUUUGGUCAAAAUCCGGCGUAAUGCAGCGGUCAUGGAUGAACUGGAUGUUGCAUGCUCCUUUGCCACGUUGGCCCAGGAGCAGCAAAUGGUGCGGCCGAUUCUCAAUGAAGGAACCAGCCACAGGAUCGUUGGAGGCAGGCAUCCAACCGUCAAGCUCGGACUUGAGGAGCAAGGGCGCUCGUUUGUGAGCAACGACUGCUUCCUGGGUGACGCAGAAGGCAUCUGGCUCAUCACCGGACCAAACAUGGCCGGCAAAAGUACGUUCCUGCGGCAGAACGCACUGAUCACGAUUCUAGCUCAGGUCGGUUCAUUCGUCCCUGCAGCAUACGCGGAGAUCGGGAUCGUCGACCAAAUCUUCAGCCGCAUCGGCGCAGCAGACGAUCUCUUCCGUGACCAGUCGACGUUCAUGGUCGAGAUGCUUGAAACGGCAGCCAUUCUCAAGCAAGCCACACCGCGGUCCUUUGUGAUCAUGGACGAAGUGGGCCGGGGCACCACACCUGAGGAUGGCACCGCGCUCAGCUUUGCUUGUCUGCAUCACUUGCACUACCAGAACCAGUGUCGCACGCUCUUUGCGACGCACUUCCAUGCCCUGGCGGAGAUGACUGGGUCGUUCGAGAAAUUGGGCAGGUACUGUACAGAUGUCAAGGAGAUGUCAUCAGGGUCAUUCUCGUUUGUUCAUCGAUUGCGCAAGGGCGUCAAUCGCCAAUCCCACGCUUUCAAGGUUGCACAGCUGGCUGGCUUACCUGCGGAAACGCUCAAGCUGGCGACUCGUGUUCGGAAGGAGAUGCACAUCGUGACACCGCCCGUGGAUCAAGGCAUUCCCCAAGUUGUUUAG